AUGGCUAAACGAAAGGCCCCUGAUACCAUCGUUCAGCCCGCAGGCACUCCUACUAAACGCCGCAGGGAAACCAUUGACACUCCACUUACAAAUGGAGUGCACGAUACAGAGGUCGAAUCCCAGUCAAAUGAUGACAAGAGAUCCGCCAGGAAGCCUGCCGCAACUUCGACUCCCAAAAGGGCCAGGUCCAGUGCCAAAGCCAUCUUGGAUGAGGAGGACACCAUCAAGGAUCACAACAGCCCAACUCCGAAGCCUAAUGGACGAACCCUUUUUGCAACUCCCAAGAAGAACUCGACCAUAUCUCGAACACCCUCCAAAUCAAAAAAAGCAGAUCGAUCUGCGAAGAGGAAGAGUGCUCAAUUGCUGUCCCAGUCACAAGAUGAGGACGAUUGGGACGGACAAGGUGCAUUGGCCAGAGCCAUUCUUGAGGAUGAGAAUGAGGAGGAUGGUGAGAACGAUGAGACUGGACCUGAACGAGGAGUCGAAGAGCCUUCAGACAACCCUGCUGACAUGCCUGUCAAGACCCCGAACAGACGAGGAAGGCCAAAAGGUGCAAAGAACAAGAGAUCCCCCACUCCUGAGGGAGAUAUUCCUCCCGAAGAACGAUAUUUCUUUCAAAAUCGAAGUGGUCCUCCACAAAUCUCGAGUAAUAAAUUCAAUUCGGUCAAAUCUCUGACUUAUGAUCAAUAUCACCAACAUGUUCAGACCUAUCAAGAUCACCAUGAGCCACAAAGGUCACAAUUGAUGAAACUUCACGCAAGAUCCUUUCCUCAAUGGCAAUUUGAGUUCUCCCAAGGCUUCGGACUAUGCCUGUAUGGCUAUGGCAGUAAGAGAAAAAUUGUCAAUAACUUUGCAGAGUGGCUUGAUAAACAUUCCUCAAUGCCACCAAGGAUCGUCGUUGUGAAUGGCUAUACACCAAAAUUGAAUGUGAGAGGAGUCGUCAACGCAAUCGCUUCUGCGCUCCUGGAUGAGGAACAACGACCUUUGAGACUGGUGGGACAACCCCAAGAAAUGGUCGACACCUUGUUCUCGUAUAUGGAAGAACAUCCCCCUCGGGGCCACCUUAUACUCAUGGUCAAUUCAAUCGAUGCCCAUCCCCUUCGACGUUCAUCCGCACAAUCUGUUUUGGCUCGUCUUGCAGCACAUCCGCUUAUCGCGUUUCUCGCGACUGCUGAUUCUCCCACUUUUCCAACAUUGUGGAAUUCUUCUCUACUGGACCAGUUUAAAUUUGUCUUUCACGAUUGCACAACAUUUGCACCCUAUACAGCAGAGAUUAACGUGGUUGACGAAGUACAUGAACUACUUGGCCGCAAGAAACUCCGUACUGGUGGCAAGGACGGUAUUGGGUUUGUACUCAAAUCCUUGCCAGAAAAUGCACGAAAUCUCUAUCGAGUGCUCUUGUCUGAGAUCCUGGCUAUCCUCUCGGAUGGCAUCGAGGGCGGUUAUGAUGACGAGGAAGAUAGACGUCCAACCAAAAAGUCACAGAAGGAAGACGCAGAAGAAGUUGGUAUCGAGUAUCGCACUUUAUAUCAGAAAGCUUCGGAGGAAUUCAUCUGCUCAAGCAGCAUGAAUUUUCAAUUCCUGUUGAAAGAAUUCCAUGAUCACCAAAUGAUUACUAGCCGGCGCGAUGCAAGUGGCACAGAAGUACUAGGUGUGCCAUUGGCGAAGGAAGAAAUGGAAGCGGUUUUAGAAGAGCUUGUACUCUGA